AUGGAGAAAGUCCUAACCAUCAGGCGACUGCAGACGGUAGAGUCUGCGUCGCCAAUGGUCUCGCGGUCACUGCGUUCUGUGGGCUCGAGUAGUUCUGUGGAUUGUUCUCUGACCUGUGUGCCUGAGAUGGUUCCUAAUCCUCACACUGCGCCAAGUAAAAUGAGCGAAUCCGUGAUUUUCAAGAAAGAUGUCCCGCAUCUCGCUGAUCCGCGACAGGCACACAGACGCAGUCAUUCGACCACCAGUAUAGAUUCUAGUCAGGCUGGGCUUUUGGACGCCGCACACCCGUCGAGUACUGUAUAUGGAAGAUCCGCUUUGAGUGCAACAGACAGUCUCAGGACUGCACAGCAUGGCCAUGCCCAUUCGCAUACGGACGUGCGGCCAGAGUCGCUCGCCAUGGCUGUGAAUUCCAUCUGCGCAUCAGAUCGCAGUUCCUCUAUCGCCCAGAACGUCGACUCACCGCGAAAGAUCACCAGCAGACGCAUCAGAAAUGCUCUGCUCAGUCCUCGCAUUUUCAAUCGCGCGAACUCAACUGACGAAACACACCUCGACGUCUCAGGAAAAGGCCUUCUGUCUGCCACCGUGUCUGAUAAGACGAUGAAGUCGCAGCCUCGAAACUCCGAGACAAUCACCUUGGGAAACCUAUUUCGGCCUAGAAGUCGUACUAGCAGCUUGGAUCAUAAGCGUGCGCACGCAUUAGCUGCGUCCAUGAUAAGCGACUACGAGCCGAUGGCUAUGAAAAAUGACAAGGCGCCGUCGAAGAAUGCGAAGAGCUGGCGGCGGACAAUGGGUCGCAAUAGGAGUGAUACUGGCACCGGAAAGUAUCAGACAAACUCUUCCAGCAAGACCGAUCUACGCACUGACGUAUCAUCGACCAGCUAUGAAAACUCCAGCACUCACAGAAGGGAUUUGAGAAGUACAAGUGAUACUUUCAUUUCCAUCUCUCGUGAUGAUAUUAGCAGCACAAAUCUUUAUGACGACACUGCCGAUCGAAUCGAUGAUCGUGGCAAACUACACAGCAAAAGUGGUAUUGUCACUGCAUAUAGCGGCAAUUUGUCGAGCGACUUCAAGGAAAGUAAUACGAAGAACGUCGAUGGUGGUGGCAGAAGCUCCAGUGUCAAGUUCGACACCAGAUUCAUCACAGAUGAUGACUGCGGCAAUAUAGAAGACGGUAGCAGUAGAAACUACCGCAAUAAUAGUUAUAGUAACCUUGCAAGUAGUGAUAGUUUUGGUCAAAACAAUCAGGGUGAGAGCAUCAUUUAUGAGAGCAACGCAAAACCUCUCGGGAAGAAGAGCUUGAGCGGCCCGACCCCACAAAACCAGAUGGCUGCCCCACAGGCGACGUCUAAAGUGGCGAUGUUUCGUCAGAAGAGCGACAUUAGAUCUGUGGGAGGUGCGUUGUCUAAGUCACGGAGUAUGUUGGCCCGUGACGGCAGAGGUCAGAGUAAAGACAAAGAAAAGGACAAGGACAAGGACAAGUUAGACUUGUUCGCCAAGCGCUCGCGGGCUCUCACUGCUGGAUCGCAUCUGGGAUUGGGGCUGAAUGAAAAAGUCACCAGUGUGCUAAAGAAACUCAUGUAUAACGAGGAAAUUGGGCUCGAUCUUUUUCAGGACAGAGAUCCAUUAACGGACAGAUUGGAAGUAGGUAUGGGCAAUCGAUACGCCGAUGCGCCACAACUCAAUGAGUUCAUCUAUCGAUUCAAUUAUGAGAGCUACUGGGUGGCCACGGAAAUCUGCACUUUGGGAGAUGAUAGCCGGACACAGGCAAGAUAUAUCGCCAAAUUCUUAGCUAUCGCCAAACGUUGUAUCGAGUUACGAAACUACUACGGCGCCUUCGCUAUUAUGGGCGGUCUUCGAUUUCCUCCCGUGCGCUCUCUCAGGGAGGCGUGGAAGUUGGUACCGCCAUCUGUCAUCAGCGAUAUCAAAAACUUUGAAGCUACUUACAUGAAUCCUAGGAGCAACAUGAAAAUAUAUAGAAAUGCCGUGCCAUCGCCCGGGGACUUACCAGCCUUGCCGUUC